ACUUACUGAAAUACUAGACAAAACUGGUUCUCCGGGGUAGAUUGGAUACCAGUCAGAUUGACCUUACGUGACGAUGUCUGAGAUUGCUUUACAGUUUGUUACGCUAUAAUUUAAAAUAUCAUGCCCCGAUUCUAGAAGAAAUAUCCAGAAGAUAUCAAGAAUCACGUAAAGGAUGUUUUCCUUCAGACAAUUACUUCCUUUGCGUCAUGCAGUCAGGGGUGUGAGAAGGUGCGCCCAAGGAUUUCCUCACCUUGAGAAAUGGCAGCAGCAUAUUCAACCCAAUAUCAUUUCGUGUUCUAUAUCUACAGAGGUUGAUAAAAGUAGUUCUGAUAAAAUCAAGGCUUCAGAAUCGUUCAAAAAAGAAUCCAUCAAAAAAGAGGAAACUGACAGCGUUCCUGCAACAUUGGAUGGAAACACAUUAACUUCAUCCCAUGAAUUUGAGGGAGAUCCCACAUUCCUGUGCAUUUUACAUGUACUUGAAAGUAACAAAACAGGAGGAAAAGCUGAAGCAACUGAAUUAUAUGACACCAUUUUAGAGGCACAUAAGACAGAAGAUAAACACAAACAUCUUGAAGUUUUCCUUAACAUUCUGAAAGGUCUCAACUUGAAAGGAGGAGCCAGUAGUUCUAAGCAAGUACAGAUUCUGCUUUAUUGUAAGGAAAUCAAAGGGCUGUUUGCUAGCAUCCUAAAUGCUUUUACAAUUUACACUGAACAUGAAUUGCUGAACAUUCUAGCCUUAAAUAGGAAAUUUCGAUUUUUAAGUUUUAGUCAGGAAAAAGCUGUGUGGGAAAAUAUACUUAAUCAUUUAAACAAACUCAGUAUUUUAACUUCAGUUGGAUUGUAUGAUAUGUCCAAACAAAGCAAAGCAUGUCCUGAUGCUAGGGAAAAGAUUAUCAGGAACAUUUCGAGGAGGUGGAUGGAGGUCGAGAAGGGUGCCGAAAUCAUAUCGUUGAUGAAUAUAAUGUUACAAGAAAGUAAGAGGACAUCAGACACUUCAAUGCUUGACAAUCUGGAGGAGAAAGCUCUACAAAAAGUGCAAACAUUUAGUUUGGAUGAAAACAUCAAAACCUUGCAGACCUUGUCCAAAGGCCAAAGAAGAAACUUACCUCUAAUAAAAUCCCUGGCCUACUGCAUUAAAGAGAAAAUGACCGACACUGUUUCCCUCAGUUCAUUGGCAUCUGUCAUGACAAGUCUAAGUGUUCUGAACAUUCAGGACUCUACCAUGCUAGGGCUUUUGUCAGACAGAGUUUCUAAGGUGUCAUGGGAGUUGAGAGAUGAUUGGACAUCAGCUAUGUCAUGCAAUAUAUAG